AUGGUUUUCCUUGCUGAUUGGGAGGAUAAAAAGCAUCUGUUCGUCUACGGAAUCUUUGCUGUACAGCAUGGAGAUCAUCUGACGGAAGACAAGAAGUCCACCAUUGAUCGUCUACACAAUCUCCUGACUGCAUCCGCGGGCCAGGUUGAUCUUCUUGUGGAUGAGAGCCACGGUCUUGAGACAGAGGACAAGCCUCACGCCACGACUUUCGUCGCCUAUUGGCUAGAUGCCACGACAUACCAAUCGUGGGCUGCUUCGGAGGCCGUUCAGCAUUUCUGGACAGCACUGCCCGAGGAUGCUGGAGUGUGGCGUGAAGUCAUGACGAUACCUACCUCACGAUAUAUGUUUGCAGCCAACCAGAAUGCUAGAUGGGGUCUUACCACUCUGACCGAGAAGCUGCGAGCGAGUAACGACGAAGGUUAUUGGGGUGUGUACAGACAUAGAAUCGGUUCAGUCGAUGACACCUUCACCUCGCCGUAUGUGACUGCUGCAAAGGCAAAGAAGGCAACCAGCAAACCUAACCAACUCGACGCUUGUCGCGUACUCGAUGUUCCGGCAAAUGGUCCGCGGUCGUCGAACGAAAUCAGGCGAGGCCGAGUGCAAUUGCAAAACAUCCCAAACAACAUUUGCUUCGUACGCGAAGGACAACGGCAGCCAAAUGUUGCACAGGAAGAGUUAGGCAUGUGGCUCGAGAAGGUCGCACCUCACGCAAAAUCCUGGAUUGAGCAUCUGGAUUCGCACCGUGAGAAGAACGGUGUGCUAUCUUUCUCAACCCAUGUCAGCAAACAGUCAAAGCUGAAUAAUUCUGACGCCGCCGAGACCGAUCAGCUGGCCUAUUUCCUUGAUCUAGCUCAUUUCGAAGCGUCUGGCCGUGCGUUCAAGGGACACGUACAUCUGAGGAAGACAGUGAUGGAGAUGUAUGGUCCAGGUGGUCCUAUGGAUGGAAUUGGCAAAGCGGAGCUGUAUGUUGAAUUGCUUAUCGUGAAGUCUGAUGAGUUCGAAGCAGAAUAUGUCGGAUGUCUUGAGGGAACUGGGCUCAUGUAUCUACGAGACGUCCAGUGAUCAAAGAGCUUUGAGGACUUAAAGUUGUCUCAUAGUAUACCCUGUAGUCAAGCCGCGUUGUAUAAGAUGC